AUGCCCAUCACGAUCCGUACCUGCACGGCUGCCGAUGGCCCGGCCGUGGGCGUGACCAACACGGCAGCCUACUGGGAGAACGGCAACUGGAGGCUGAUCUGGGGCACCAAGACCCUCGAGUAUGUGACGGAGCAGUCCUCGAAGCGCCAGUCUACAAAUCUGCUCGGCGACAGGGAGCACAGAAGGGUUGAGGUGGCCAUCGACGAGGAGACGGGCAGGCUUGUUGGUUACGCUCGCUGGGCUCUGCCGGACCGCCUGGUGUCUGAAUGGCUCGAGUGUCAGGUUCCAGCUGUGAGCAAGGAGGAAGAGAAGCAGUAUGCUGCACGCCACGCCGGCGCAGAUUGGCAGCAUCGCAGGGAGCUCGACGUGCUCGACGUCCCCGUCAGUGCCAUGAAAAACAGGCUACAGGGUCAGCAUGAGUAUAUGGAGCUCGAGUUUCUUGCUGUCCACCCCGAGUUCAAAGGCCAGGGCAUCGCAUCACGGCUAGUGCAGCGCGGCACCGCCAAGGCCCGGGAGAUGAACGUGCGGGUCUUUGUCAUGGCGUUCAAAGCAGCAGUCGGGCUGUACCAGCGGGCCGGAUUUCAGAUGCUGGACCAGAUCGUGCAGGAUGACUCGAAGUUUGGAGGUCCAGGCGACUACGCAAUAUAUUUUCUCGAGUGGGUGCCGCCGGCGGGAGAGGAAUAG